UUUGUUAAUUCCACGCGCCACUGCUUCUUCUCGUCUCUUUCAACAUCCCAACGGCUUUCCUCCUCCUCUCCUUCGCCUCUCUGCAUUUUCCUUUUCCAAGUUUUUUCUAGUUCUCUUCUUUGUCCCAAAUUGGCUUAGGGUUUUUGUUUCGUGACCAUCGUUAUUUAGUUUUCUUUUCCUUUCUGUUUUAUCUUUUGAUUUACUGGGAGGGUUUCUUUUUCUUUUCUUUUUUUUUCUUUCUACAAACGGAUAUGGCUUCAAGUUUCGAUCGAUGGGAAAAGGAUUCGUUUUUCUCAGCCGCUGAGGAAGUUCAAGAAUCUGCCGAUAGAGUAGAAUCGACGUAUAGAACGUGGGUACAUGCCAAGAAAGAUGACUGCAGCAUUUGGAACUGUGAGGAGCUCGGUAGGGAUUUACGCACUGCUCUUGGCACCACCAAAUGGCAGUUAGAGGAGUUUGAACGAGCUGUGAAAGCAAGUUAUGUUAAUAACUCAAAUGAUGAUGCGAGAGAUAGGCACCGGGAAUUUAUUUUAGCAAUUGAGGAUCAGAUUUCAAAAACUCAAAGUUCAGUACAAGAGUUAUCUCAAUCAAAGGGAAAACCCUCGAUGCCUUGGAUGAGGCUGGAUGAAGGUGAAAGUGAAGAACUAGCGAUGUUUCUUUCAGGACCUUCAGCAGCUGAAAACAAAACUGCUGUUAACAAUGUUGUUAGUAACAACGAGAACCCACAUGGGAAGAAUGAAGAAUCAGCACCGGCUUGUUCAAUUAAUUCUCAUCAACCAGUUGAGCAGGGUUCUCACGGUGACAGAGAUGAGAAGUCCCAUGGACACCGGAGGACAGCUAGCGCUAGUCCUGACAUUGGUUCCUGGAAGAUUGCAAUUUCGGGAGUUGAUUUCCAACAAUGUCCUCUAAAUGGAGAAACCCAGAAACUUGUACGAAAGAUCCCAAGUUUUUCAGGGUUUUUAAAUAGUGUUGAGUCUGCGUCAAAUUUCAAGUGGCCAAAGAAUGGCUUUAGGAAGUUGAAAGUAUUAGAUAGGCAUCAAGAAACGAAUUCAAAAUUGCAAUCCCCUCAAUCAGCUAGGGGUAUAAAUGUUGGAUAUGAAAGAAAUAAGAGUUGCUUGGAUAGUUGUGAUGAUUUUUAUGAUAAGCAACUCUAUGGCUGGUAUGGAUCUAUUAAAAGACAGUUUCAGAGGUCUAUAUAUCAAAUGCAGUAUAAUAGGCCUGUUCAAGUGACACUUUCAACAGUUCUUAUUGUCUCACUUGUUUUGGUUUUACUUCGUGUGCUGUAAGAAGCUAUUUCUCUUCACCAAUUCUUGUAAUGUUAUGUUAUUGGAUCAAGAAGUGAAAUGAAACGCGCGAGAUCAUCUAACCUUAUAUUGGGAGAUUGCUUUGUCUUGCCACGCAGGUUCUUGUAUAUUAAACAUGUCCUAAGAUGUAUGUAUAUAUAUCCAUAGUUGAAGCUUGAGAGGAGAUACUUGAGUCAAAUCACUGUUGUUUACCAAAUUAUAGUUGAUGAAGAAGUGAAGUCCGUGUAUUAUUUUCUCCAGAGACCAAAGUCUGUCCUUUCUUGAUACCCACUAACGUAUUUUAUUUUUAUGACCAUAAUGACAAGUACUAAUUUUCAGAGUUA